AUGUCGACGUCGUAUCCUCGUGUUCUCGUAAACGUGAAGGCAGGGAACAAGGCGCCGGUCGUGCAGUCUCGCGACCUUCAUGCCAGCUCGUUGAACGCCAUGAUUACAGGCGUGGGCAGGCUUUUAAAUGCGUACCUUCCCGAGAUGAUUCCUUCAGAGGACUUUACCGCCCUGUUCGGAUCCGCUCCAGCUCACUCAAGGCACCAUGACGGGCAUGAACUACAGGACGACAGGGUUAUGCUUGCACCCAUAGACGAACCGGAGCAAUAUGAAACUGAGAGGAACUCAAUUCUGAUUGCCUCAGCUACAUCGACUCUAAUGCUUGUUGGAGAGUCACUCUCUGGUGACGAUUCGCCUCCGAAUUACGAGCCUCGGCCAAGAGACGGAGAAACUUGCCUCAUCGCACCUGUUUUCCACUUUUGGCCUGCUCGAAGACCCAUCCACUUCGCCGAUGAUGAUGUUCUUGAUAUGUCUGAUCAUCCUCCUACGACAGAAGACGCGGGCAUCCCUGGACCUUCAGAUCCACAGAGCUUGGGAGAUUCACAUUCGGAAGCCAUCAAUAUAUCCUCUUCUUCGCCCUUACCUGAAGGAUCGGACACUGUUGGCAACGAACCUGGAUCAGAGUCCUCUUUCGUACCACCCUCCUGCGGUGAGACUCCCGCCUCACAGCCAAUACCGACAGUAUUUCAAGGCCCUUUGGGUGGAUGCGCCACAUCGGAAGACGAAGCUUCUCGAACAAGUAUUGACGAGGAUUUUUAUUUAGUUUUGUAUUGCGCAGGGCACUCGUAUUUGACGGCGGAACAUUUCUCCUUACACUCUGGCGCACCCGGGGAUACAUUUGCUCCGCGGAGAGGCUACCGUUGUUUGAUCUCCUCAUCCGCGAUGGUACCCUGUACUAUCUGGUCAUUUUUCUGGCCAAUCUCGCAAGCUUAUUCCUGUACUUCUUUGUUCCCAAUAAUUUUGGGUCAGGCGCCAUGCUCCUGGGGGCAGUCCUGA